UUAAAGGAUAAAUCUACUUCAAAAUCAAACAAUUGGAUAAAAAAACAUGAGAAAAUGGUUAAUAGGCAUAUGCUUUAAUUAUAUGUUAGAAAAUCUAGUUAUUUGUUAUACGUUGUCUACAUUUUUUUGUUUGAUAAAUCUAUCUUGUUUCAAAAAAAAUCCCAGUGUAAGCAAAAUUUCAGGUGAAAUUGAAAUGUACAGUAAGACAGCUUUAUACAAAGGCAAAAUAUGUUAUCGAUUUCAAUUAGUUAGACAUAAAUAUAAGAAAAUUUUGGGAAAAAGAAACAAUUCGAAGAUCAAUGAAUGUUUCCAGACGAUUCUCUGAAAAGGACAACUGCCAUGAUGACCCCCGAGCCGCCAAAAGUUGUGCCAACUACUGAAGCUACAACUACAACAAUCGUAACGACGACUACUGAAGUAGGAACAACAACAACUCUGGAACCAACAACAACCGAAGAACCGACAACAACGCCAGAACCGACAACCACUACUCCAGAGCCAACAACAACAACGACAACAGAGCCUACAACAACAACGACUCCUAGUACCACAACUGAGCCGACAACUACAACAACAAAAGCUCCAACUACGACGACGACAACUACUACUACAACCACAACCCCAAAACCCACUACGACUACAAAAAGAACCACAACAACAAAGCCACCAACUACAACUACUCCUGCAACGACUACGCCAGAUCCUUCAGAUACGCGUUACUCGGCUACUUCUUCGUUCCAUUUAUCUGAUCUCACUGAAGCUGGUACACCUGUGUAUAACGAUGGCCCGGUACAUUCGUCUGAAGAUGGUCCAGAGGGCUUUGGUACAUCAGCAGAUUUCGGGGACAACGAAGCAAAACCAGAAAGAUCUUGCUUAAAAUUGAAUGACCUGACGAAAGCGGUGAAAGGAAAAGCUUCAGAAGAGCACAAUAAGUGUUGGCGCAAUCCCAUCAACUGCAAACACGGUUUUUCAGCAAGCAUCUUUGGAAAGUUGCUGUUUGAUAGGAAAGAUGACAGUAAAAGAUAUCUCUUCAGUACAGGAGGCGACAUCGAAGGCAUUCCAGGAGUAGCCGUAUUUUAUAAAGGAAUAUAUGUACAUGCUGUUGUUUCUACGGGAGAAAAAGUGUGGUCUGUUUAUGUAGCUGGCCUUGUUCUCAACGACACGUGGAGUAAUGUAGCAUUCACCUGGAGUCAGAAAGAAGGUCUUGAUCUUUACAUCAAUGCGAAACGGCAAGCAUUUGCAAAAUAUCCUGACCCUCUACCUCAACCCCCUCGUCAACCAAUGAAGCCCCUUCAACUGACCAUCGGCUGCAGGAGGACUGGGAAGAGUGUCUACAAUGACUUCGUGAGGGGAAAAUUGGACGAGUUUGUCACGUGGCAGUACAAAGUAUCGCAUGAGAAUGCCAGCUUCUUUCUUGGUGGAAUGGAACCGGAUAAACUAUGCAAUCCACCUAAGCAUCCUAUGAAGUGUUCUACUGACAUAAAGAAGCUCUUGGAACAAUUGGAUACAAUGGACCUUACUAAUAUAGAUACAGCAAUGACAACUAUUCAACACAUAUCGGAAGUUUCAAAAGCUACCAACAAGAAAACGGCUGGAAAGAAAAAAGGCUCCACAUCCAGUGAAAACGACAAGAAAGGAAGUGCAGAAGAAGAGGACAUUGAUCUGGAAGAAAUGAAAAGAGGGAACCUGAAGAAUAUGAUAGCCAUCGUGAAGAAACUCGUCAAUAAAACUUCCGGGCCGUUUAGUCCUGGAGUGGAACCAGAGGAUCUAACUGUUUUAUACAAAAUGCAAGAGAUGGUCAGCAUUAUAUUUUCGGAAGGUCAAACAGACUUGUGGAAAGAAUUAGAAGCGGAUGGCGAGGACAGUGUCAGUCUUUUAACUUCUGUUCAAGACUGGUCUAUGUCGAAGCUACUUGAAUCCAAAGCAACAGAAAAGAACGUUGACUUAUUAAUGCUGACUGAAAAUGCUGCUACUCAAAGUUUGAAGAGCGAGCCAAAAGAACUGAAGAAGAAAUACGCACCUUACAUGUAUUUCCCGGAUUACGGAAAAGAUCCAAAGUGGGAUGAACUUAGAAAAAAGUGGGGCGGAACAGCAGAUCAGAUGAGAGUGCCUGUCGCCGUGCUCGGAGAUUCGAGUGAACCAAGUAGUAUCCAGUCGAUGUAUUACAAUGCUUACCACAAGAUGGCGCCACUACAAAACUCCAUCACGGGAUUAAACUCUACUGGCAUAUUUUUAGAUAGUAGAGUCAUUAGUUUUGGCGUGAAACCAGCUUACGAUAAAGACGUGCUAACUUCCGAUCCAGUCAUAAUUUUUUUAGAACAUCAACUGGAGAAAGAAAAACUUCUGAGGGGACCUUCUGCAGAAGAACUGGAAAUGCCCAAGAUUGAAUCAAGAGAGUGCAUGAGAUGGUCCGACACCUUAGAAAUUCCUGACACAACAAAACUGGAAGACCCAUCAGCAGUGAAAAUUGGAGGCUGGACCCCAGAAGGCUGUACUCGUGUGAACUCAACUGAUCUUUAUACGACAUGUGCCUGUGAUAGCCUUGGAAUGUUUGCUCUUUUAGCCUUCCCACCUGUGCCCAAAAAAUAUGUAGAACCCGAAGACGAAACGUGGGUGUUCGUUGUCCGUGGUUUAGGCUAUAGCUUGUCCAUUAUCAUUCUCAUUUGCUAUAUCAGUGCCAUCGCCAUGAGACCAGCCUUGCAUGAUCAGUUUCAUAUCAUCCGUCUUAACUUAUCCAUUGCCGCCGUGGGUACCAUGCUGUCAUUUUUCUCAGUUGAUUUCAAGCGCCAUGAUCAUGAGGCAUGCCGAGUGUUGUCCGGGUUCAUCCAUUACUUUUACCUGGCUCUCGGGUCCUGGCUGUGCAUCCUGACUCACGCGCUGUUCAAAGGAUUCAUCAAGGGAAUCGUGGACGGACGAGUGAACUUUUACUUGCUCGUUGGCUGGGGUCUUCCUCUUGUUUGGGUCGGAGUUGUUGUAGCUUCUACACCGAAUUAUGGCUACGAAGAUAGGUGUAUGGUUGGUCCUUCAAGAACCUUGAGAUGUUCACUAGCUUGCCCAUUAUUUUUCAUCAGUGUAGGAUCCCUGAUCUGGAGUGUAGUUAUUUGCUGCAAUUUAACUACUCCACAAAUCAAACGCGAAGAAGUUGUCAAAGAGCUUAAUGGUAGCACAAAGAUGCUGUGCUUCCUCUCCCUGGCUUUCACCGGCAUUUGGAUCCCAGGCCUGGUUGCUUGGCUGGAGAUAGAUAAAGUGAACUUAAGAGGGUGGAGGAAACUGUUUCAAAUUUUUAACUCUUGGAUUGGUGUUUGCAUCGUUUUGCUCCUUGGAGUAGGAUCGAGACAUUUCAGAAAUGCGGUUUUACUUAAAUACAUAAAUUAUCUCAAAAAACUUUUCCACAGUAACGAAAUCAAUCCACAAUCCCGUUUUGUGUAUACAAAUGGAUACCGCUUCGAGUACAAAAACUAUUAUUACUACUGAGCCCAAUUUCCACAGCCUGAAUGAUUUUAAUGAGAUCCUUUUUGCUAUCUUGAAUACAUAUAACAUUUCGAUGACAUUUUAUUGUUCGUACAACUACAACUUCGGCCAAGGACUGCGUUUUGUAACUGGCGGCUUUAUGGAAAAGCACAAUUUGUUUAUAUUACGAAUAAAAUUUAUUACUUUUAUUGGAUGCUGUUGCCUUACUCAAAAACCAA